GUUCUGGAAUUGAUAGAGCUUCGGGAAUUGGGUGCUGCUAGAAGUCUUCUGAGACAAACUGAUCCAAUGAUCAUGUUGAAGCAGACUCAGCCAGAGCGAUACAUUCAUCUUGAGAACCUUUUGGCUAGGUCCUAUUUUGAUCCACGUGAGGCAUACCCAGAUGGGAGCAGCAAAGAGAAGCGGAGAGCAGCCAUUGCCCAAGCUCUGGCUGGUGAAGUCAGUGUUGUGCCUCCAUCUCGUCUUAUGGCAUUAUUGGGACAGGCUCUGAAAUGGCAACAGCAUCAGGGAUUGCUCCCUCCUGGUAUGACAAUUGAUUUGUUCAGAGGAAAAGCAGCUGUUAAAGAUGUUGAAGAAGAAAAGUUCCCCACACAACUGAGUAGGCAUAUUAAGUUUGGCCAGAAAUCUCAUGUGGAAUGUGCUAGAUUUUCUCCAGAUGGUCAGUAUCUAGUCACCGGCUCUGUUGAUGGAUUCAUUGAAGUAUGGAACUUCACCACUGGAAAAAUCAGAAAGGAUCUGAAGUACCAGGCACAGGAUAACUUCAUGAUGAUGGAUGAUGCAGUGCUAUGCAUGUGUUUCAGUAGGGAUACUGAAAUGUUAGCAACUGGAGCACAGGAUGGGAAGAUCAAGGUGUGGAAGAUUCAGAGUGGGCAAUGUCUGAGGCGAUUUGAAAGAGCCCAUAGUAAAGGUGUCACGUGCCUGAGUUUUUCAAAGGACAGCAGCCAGAUUCUUAGUGCCUCUUUUGACCAGACAAUCAGGAUCCAUGGUUUGAAAUCUGGGAAGACUCUCAAAGAAUUCCGUGGUCAUUCUUCAUUUGUUAAUGAAGCCACUUUUACACAAGAUGGGCAUUACAUUAUCAGUGCAUCCUCUGAUGGUACUGUGAAAGUUUGGAAUAUGAAGACUACAGAGUGCUGUAACACUUUCAAAUCGCUUGGUAGCACAGCUGGGACAGACAUCACUGUGAACAGUGUGAUUCUGCUGCCUAAAAAUCCAGAGCACUUUGUUGUUUGCAACAGAUCAAAUACAGUGGUCAUUAUGAACAUGCAAGGACAAAUUGUGAGAAGCUUCAGCUCUGGUAAGAGAGAAGGUGGUGACUUUGUCUGCUGUGCCCUUUCUCCUCGAGGCGAGUGGAUCUACUGUGUGGGUGAAGACUUUGUGCUCUACUGUUUCAGUACAGUGACUGGCAAGCUGGAGAGAACUCUGACAGUCCAUGAGAAGGAUGUAAUUGGUAUUGCUCAUCAUCCCCACCAGAAUUUGAUUGCUACCUACAGUGAAGAUGGACUUCUGAAACUUUGGAAACCAUAGAAUUUAUUUUUAAUCCUAUUUCAUGCAUGGUUCUUGAAUGCAAGGAAAGUAUGUGUCUUGGGUAGGGGUUUUUCCUCUGGUUUGUUUGGUCCAAAAGUGUUAAUUUUAUAUAGGCAUCCCUAGUAUGAAGCAUGUUACUUUUCAGAGAAAUGUAAUGUUAGUGUCUACGUCACUAGUUAGGUGGCCAAGUAGCAAAAGCAGUUCAGCUUCAAAUAACAUUCUGUAGGAUACAUUUAUUUUUAUUGUUUUGUUGGGAAAUCUUUCAUAAUUUGUUGUGUGUAAAUUAAAAUGGAAAUAUACAUCUAGUUAAAGUAAAAUUGAGGAAAGCAAACCUAGAGCUUUACCCUCAUAAAAUAAUUGCAGUAGAGUUCUGACUUUUAACUUUUGUCCAAGUCCAAGUCCAUUGUAUUUAACAUAGGUAUGUUCUAGCCAAAGCUAAAUACCUAAAAAUCUCAAUAAUUUCAGUGGAAAUGCCAAGCACAUGCUUAAAUAUUACCUUCUGGAAGGGCUUGGGACUGCGAACUGGCCUCGUCCCCACACUUUUCAUACUGAUGUGCAACACCUAAUUGUUAAAUCUUCUGAGCUCUCCAAGAAUCUUUGGCAAGAUUUCUGUGGCCCUUCUUGCUCUGGGCAAAAUAAAUGACUUUAGUUUCCUACAGGCAGAAUAUUGAUUUCUGCUGAUUAUUACAGAAAAAUAGUCCUAGAUUUUUAUUGUUUUUUUAAUUAGAUACUUUAGCUUCUGUUAGCCCCUUAGUACAAAAGGUAAAAGUUUCAUCUAGCUCACUUCAAAAACAUUUUCAUCCGUGAUCAAACUCUUUUCGAGUUUUAUUAUGAAUCUUUUUGUGCAGCUGGUUUUGUGCAGCUUUUAUUUGAAUUCGUUAAUUUGGUGGUGUUUUUUUUAAUUGCCUCCUACAAUAAAAACCUCAUUUAUUACAAAGA